UUAAAAUUAAAAAAAAAAUAAAAGAAAAAAAAUUACCCCUGUUUGAAGAGAGAGGAGAGAGAGAGAGAAGAGAGAGGAGAGAGAGAAGAGAGAGAGGGGGAGGCCACAAUGGGUAAGGUAGUGGAGAAGAAGAAGAAGAAGAAAGGACGACCAUCUCUUUUAGAUCUCCAAAAGCGAAAUCUCAGACAACAACAAGAGCAGCAUCAACAACAACAGCAAAAGCAAAACCCUAGAUCUAACCCAUAUUCCAAUUCUAAUUACAGAAACCCUAUCGUUUCCAGUCCUAACCCUAACCCUAACCCUAACCCUAACCGUCGAUUAACUCGUCGUAACCCCUACCCUGACGGAAUUCCUGCCGCAGAUUCCGAGGGAGCCGUUGCCGUUGAUGAGGAAGACGACGACGACGAUGAGGAUUCCAACGGUAAGCGUAAGGAGAAGAAGCUCAAAUUCGUCCUUCGACGACUGCCUUCGAAUCAGCAACCCAGAUCUUCUUUGAAUUCUUCACUGAAUUCUGGUUCUUAUGCCUCUGAUUCCAAUGCUGAGGAUGAGAACUCUGGAACGCCUCAUAAGAAGCGGAAGAUUAAUGUCGUUAGGGACGGAUCUGGUCCCGGAGAUGUGCAAAAGGGAGAAAAUGCGAAGUCUGCCUCGAAAGGGGAAGAGUCAGAGUCACCAUUGGAGUCCGGACCCACAACACCUUUACCGGACAAAAAGUUGCUGGUGUUCAUCCUUGACAGGCUUCAAAAGAAGGACACUUAUGGAGUGUUCUCUGACCCGGUGAAUCCAGACGAACUGCCAGACUACCAUGAAGUCAUUGAACAUCCAAUGGAUUUUGGGACUGUGAGGAAGAAAUUGGCUGGAGGAGCCUAUGCGAACUUGGAACAAUUUGAGAAAGAUGUCUUAUUGAUCUGUUCAAAUGCAAUGAAAUAUAAUGCACCGGAUACCAUUUACUACCGACAGGCACGAUCUAUGCUAGAGCUGGCACAAAAGAAUUUUGAUAAUUUGAGGCAAGAUAGUGAAGAUAAUGAACCAGAACCAAAAGUAGUGAGGCGAGGUAGACCACCAACCAAACACCUGAAAAAACAACUAGGAAAGCCUCCUUUUGAGCGUGCUGGCUCUGAAUUUUCUUCUGAUGCUACUCUUGCUACUUUGGGAGACAAUUCCAACUGGCAAAACAAUUAUGAUCAAAGAAAAGGAUCUCUUUCAGAUAGGACUGGGCUUUCUGAUGCAUCAGGGAGGAUUUUUCAUGGAUCCCACAACAGUGAAGCUUAUACUAGUUGGUUAAAUGAGCGGAAAUAUGAGAAGAAUGAAGAAUUUCCAGGGUCUGGGUUGAAAGGUAUGUCAGUGAAGUAUGGGAAGAAGCAGUUUGUUUCAGAUGAAAGCAGGCGCAACACCUACAAGCAGUUCCAUCCAUCAGUUGUUGGAUGCAAGCCAUCAGUAUUUACUGUCUUUGAUGGGGAGCCAAAGCAGCUAAUGACUGUGGGGCUUCAGGCGGAAUUUGGUUAUGCAAGGAGCUUGGCUCGCUUUGCUGCAAAUCUUGGGCCUGUUGCUUGGAAGGUUGCCUCCCAGAAGAUUGAAAGGGCAUUGCCUCCUGGACUGCAGUUUGGUCCUGGUUGGGUAGGAGAAAAUGAGGCGCCACAGCCACGGCCACAAGUACAAGCACCAUCUCCACCUGUGCAGCUGCUACCGCAUUCCUCUUCCUUACCAAAGAUCUUAGCAUCAACUGCUACCUCUCAUGCAGGUGACCCUAAAGCAGGUAGAACAUCAGAAAAAGACUCUUCGAAUAACUCUGCAUCAGAUGGCAUUCAUUGCAAGCCUCCCCCACCGUCUACUGCAGCCUCUUCUGCGUUCCAUAUUAGAAGUAGAACUCCUGAACCAACUACAGUAGCAGAAGCUGCUGGAGGAUUAAAUUAUGAUAGUGGGUUCAGUUUAUUGAAUAGCAGUGGUGGUACAAUCAAGCCUAGGCCUCCCUUUCAGAUUCAUCAGAGUCCUCCAAUCCAGAACACUAUGAAUGGUUUAAGUGGGGGAAUUGGGUUUAAUGUUUCACCUCAGAUGGGGAAACUGUUAAGGCCAGGCAGGCCAGCAGGUACCUUUGGUUCAGAGGCUACAAUGGCUUCAGGAAUGGUUGGCAUGGUUGCCCGAAGCAAUAACUUUGCCCAUUCAACACCUGUUGGCCAUUCAGAAUCCGAGGACAAGAAGUUGUCGGCAAGUUCAAAUACAGUGAGUUCAGGGGUUGCGUUGCCAGAUUCCAACCAAGAAUCACAGUUGGUACCUGGAGUGGUGCACCGGAAGACAUCGUGGGGUGGAUUGUCGUUGCACCAGAAAACAGAUUCAGUUCCACCUGACCUGAAUGUUAGAUUUCAAUCACCAGGAUCUCCAAGUUCCAGUGUUCCGGUUGAUUCACCUCAGCCAGAUUUAGUAUUGCAGCUCUGAGGAUCGUUUAGUUAUUCUUCUUUGGCAAUUAGUCGGAGUUGGGAGCUCCUGGGAAUAGGAGGGAGGCAUAGGGAGUCUCUCUAGAUAAGCUGGUAGGGCAUAGUCACACCUAAUUGUGUUGUAAAAGAGUAGGGGGAGGUUUGUACAGAUUAAUGUAUUCUAAUUUUAUGGUUCAAAUUUAGGAGGAAAA